AACAGAUGGUAAAGAGAACAUCAGAAUAAAAGGUACCAAAAGCAAAAUUAAAGCUGUCAACUACUUCCUUAAAAAUACCCCCUAACCCUAAAACACAUUACACUUUCAUCAUCCAACUUAAAGCUCUCAGAGAAAAGAAACUAAACCAGAGGAAACACAUGAAAGGAAGAGAAGGCAAAGGAGCUGCUCCACCAGCUGAUCUACUGGUUUGUUUUCCUUCUCGAGCCCAUUUAUCAUUGAUGACGCCGAAGCGCAUUUGCAGCCCAGCAAGGCCGUCAGACCCCAACAAGCGCUACCACCACCACCACCACCACAAUCAUCAGUUGAGGAAAUCAGGAACCAGAGGCAGUGGUGCUGGUCAAGCGAGUCCUCUGUUAUGGGCCAAAAACAAGCAGAUUGGGUCAGAGAUCUCUGAGCCCACAUCUCCGAAAGUCACAUGUGCUGGGCAGAUCAAAGUGAGGCCCAAGUCCAGUGCUUGCAAGAGCUGGCAGUCCGUAAUGGAAGAAAUUGAGAGAAUUCACAACAGGAGGAAACACAAGAAGAGAUCAAAUUGGGUUGAGUCACUCGGAUUCAAGAAGGAGAUAAUGCAAUUCUUGACGUGCUUGAGAAGUAUUCGAUUCGAUCUUCGCUGUUUCGGUAAUUUUCCUCGAGCAGAUAUCACGAGUGAUGAUGAUGAAGAUGAUUGCCAAGAAGAAGAAGUUGACGAUGAUUUUCAUGAAAGCAAUGUAAAUGUCGAGGGAAGUGAUGGGAGUAGUGAGAAUUCAAGAACAGUCUUCUCUAAAUGGUACAUGGUGCUACAGGAAAAUCAGGGAAAUGGGUUUUGCAAGGAAGAGAUAAAACAGAAGAAAUCUUUUGAGGAAUCUGCAGAGUCUAUCAGUGCAAGCUCUGUCCCUCCUCCAAAUGCUCUGUUGCUUAUGAGGUGUAGGUCUGCUCCUGCGAAGAGUUGGCUAGAAGAGAAAGAACAAGAAGUAGACGAGGAAACUGAAGAAGAUAAAGAAAAUGAAGAAGAAGAAGAAGAAGAAGAAGAAAUGAAAGAAGGGAAGAAAAGCAGGAAUUUAAGGUCAUUAAUGGAAGAAGAGAAGAUAAACAACAAAGAGAACUUGGUGGUGAUGAGGUACAACACUGAUUUCUACAAACUUUCAUCUGAUAUUGCAAAGGAAACAUGGGUCGUUAGUGGAAUGAGAGACCUAUUGUCAAGAAGUCGAAGUUCGAAGAGAUGAUGAUUUGUUUUCAUUACGUCCUUUUUUCUUUCUUCUGUUUGUCAGAUUUUCCCCCAUGAAAUGUUGAGUUCUUGUGAGGGAACCAGAUCGGAUCGGAUCCCAAUAAACAUUGAACACUAGCUUAUAUAUAUAUUUUUAUACUUUUUCUGAUAUGAUUUGAGGUACUUGUAUAACAUGUGUACAGUCUUUGUUUAGAAAAGAUUUUGCUCCUCUUCCGAUGUGC